CAAUAGCAGAUCUGAGAAGGCCACUUGAGAUUUUGAUGAAAGGGAAAACCAUAGACCACCCUGAUCUGACAUUAAGUGCAGUUCAGAUGCUCUUAUCCCGUGAUGGUGUAGCACAUUUGAAAUCAAUUGAACAAGAAACUGGUACUUACAUUUUGUAUGACAGGCAAAGUCUAAAUAUUAAAGUCUUUGGACACCAACAUCACAUGGCUGAAGCUGAAGCGAAAUUGGUCCAUGCACUUCCACAGCUCCUUGAGAAGCGGCCUCUUGAAAUUUGUCUUCGUGGGCAUAACCUCCCUCCAGACUUGAUGAAGAAAACAGUAGAAAAUUUUGGAGUUGAUCUGGAAGGAUUCAAGACUGUGAUGCCCUCGGUAAAGGUUGAGUUACAUAAACACCGCCAUAUACUUAAAGUUUGGGGCAGUAAAGAGGAUAAGCGAAGGGUGGAGGGGAUGAUCUCUGAGCUGAUAACCUCAGUUAAACACAAUGUCCCGGUUCACCUUCCGUCAGAGAAUGUUGGAGGCAGUAAAGAUGAUAAUCAAAGGGUGGCUGACAAUGAGCUUUCAAUGGAUGCAUGCGCUAUUUGCUUGUGUGAGACGGAAGAUCCUUUUAAGCUUGAAUCGUGUGGGCACAUAUUUUGUCGGGCUUGCUUGGUGGAUCAGUGUGAAGUUGCCACAAAAUCGUAUGAUGGGUUCCCUGUUUGUUGCCUCAAAACUGGGUGCAAGAAGCCAUUCCUCAUUGUUGAUCUGAAGCACCUCGUGUCAAAUGAGAAGCUGGAGGACCUAUUCAGUGCUUCCUUAAGGGCAUUUGUUGCAUCUAGGGCAGGAAUAUACCGUUUCUGCCCAACACCGGAUUGCCGAUCCAUCUACCAGGUGGCAGCUCCAGAUGCAGAGACCAAGCCUUUUGUCUGUGGGGCUUGCUAUGUGGAGAUCUGCACCAAGUGCCAUCUCGAGUAUCAUCCUUUCAUAUCCUGUGAGGCUUACAGAGAAUACAAGGAAGACCCAGACGCAACACUUCUUGAAUGGCGCAAAGGGAAGGAGAAUGUGAAGAACUGCCCUUCCUGUGGAUACACGGUCGAAAAAGCUGAAGGCUGCAACCAUGUUGAGUGCAGAUGCGGCUGCCACAUUUGCUGGGCAUGCUUGGCGAACUUCAAGAGCAGCGAAGAGUGUUAUGGCCAUCUCAGAUCUGCGCACCAAUCCUUUGUGGACAUUGUGUAGAACCUAGGUGUAUAUUUGUACUGCUGGCAGUCCUGCCUCCUGGAAAACCUGUAUGUUAGCAAACUGUUGCCAAAUCUUGGACAUUGACACAUUAGGCAAAAUACGUGAAUUGUUGGUGCUGAAGCAUACAGUAAUCCUCAAGUUGCGAAGGUAUUGCGAUUAUUAAAACCAUAAACUGUGCAUGUAGGGGUGCAUCCAGGAGGUAUCCACUGUCUCGCUGAAUGCUUCUCUCCUGAUUCCCCCCUGAUCCACUCCAAGCUGCAAAGGUUUGAAGGAAGUGUGUGAAUGGGAGAUGAACGCUCUGAAUCUGAAGAAGUAAGGGCACAGUUCCUUUUCAAAACCAGUGAAGCCCUCUUCCAGUAUCCCAGCAAUGCACAAGCGUUCUAGAGAUAAAGGAAUUUCAACCGGUUGCUCAAAGAUUGAGAACGGGCAGAAUGACGGAUACAGAAUGUAUCAUCUCUUAGGCUACUCUGAUGCUCUAUAUCCAGGAAGCAGUUCAGGUGUUAGAAACCUGAGUAAAAAGGACCGGAGGGAGUACCACAGUUUUGCAGUUCUAAGUCAGGCUUUUUCCCUGGCAUGCUUGACUGCUUGAGGGCUUGAGGGUGCGCGCAGUUGCGGGGAUGCAGUCUGGGGCGAUGAUUCACGCUGCAGGUUUCGUUUGCUAGAUGGUAAGAUUGAAUUUGCUCUUCUACAAGUGUGGAUGUGUGGAUUGUAAUGAAGUGACCAUCAAAUUGUGCUCUCCUUUGACUGGAUUAUGCGCAUUUGUUUGCUGAUCACAUUGAAA